CUCCGCACUCCGGACCCCGCGUUCCCCGGGCUCGUCUGGAGUGGAGUUCGCCUGCGGAGGCCCUAGUGCCCGGAUGUCCAUCAGGAUUAGCGCGAGCCAAUGCGGUCAGCGCCCGAGGGAGGCUGAGCAGGACGCCCCGGGCUUGGGGAGCAGGUAGUCCCGCCACCUCGGGGCGCCGCGCCGGGGGCCCGGCCCCGCCCGGCCAAUGGUGAGCGCGGCGCUGGCAGCUCGGCCCGCGGGGUGAAGGCGCUCAUGGGCAGCGGACCCUGGGCUCUGCGGACUGAAUGAUGGCAGCCCGGUCCAGCUUGUACAAUGAAGACAGAAACCUGCUUCGAAUUAGAGAAAAGGAGAGGCGCAAUCAGGAAGUUCACCAAGAUAAAGAGGCACUUCCGGAAAAGAUUCCCCUUUUUGGAGAGCCCUAUAAGACAGCAAAAGGUGAUGAGCUUUCUAGUCGAAUACAGAACAUGUUAGGAGACUAUGAAGAAAUGCAGGAAUUCCUUAGUAGUAAGUCCCAUUCUCAGCACUUGGAUGCUUCUCAGAAUAGGUUUGAAAAGUUGAAACAUCCUUUAUUUCCUGACAAGGGGAGCAGCGUUCCAUCUAACUCCUUCCACAGUAUUGUUCACCACCAGCCCAGUCACACUUCCGCCUCUGGACCACUUCCUGUUGGUAACAGCAGUCACAACCCAAAGAUGGCACAGCCAAGAAUGGAACCAAUGUCAAGCAUCCAUGACAGAAGUUUUUGCCUGCUGGAAAAUCAGCACCUGAUCCGGGAUCACCCUGGUCAGGAAGGGUAUAGCUCCAGUCAUCACAGAAAAGGGGACCAUAGGGUUGCUGGAGAACAUUGUGCUUUGAUGAUGGCCUCGGCUGCAGGGAGGGAGCUUUCUCCUUUAAUCUCUUUGCCUUCCCCGGUAGCCCCUUUGUCACCUCUACAUUCCAACCAGCAGAGUCUUCUCAGGACACAAGGAAGUAGCAAGGUUCAUAGUAGUAACAACAGUAAAGGCUACUGCCUGGCCAAAUCUCCCAAGGACCCAGUGGUGAAAGUCCAUGAAAAAGAGACCCCUCAAGACAGCUUGGUGGCAGUUGCCAGCAUUGGGGCAGCCCCUCCCCAACCACCUUCUCAGACAUUUCCACCCACUUCCCUCCCCUCAAAAACCUUUGCCAUGCAACAGAAGCCCACAGCUUAUGUCCGGCCCAUGGAUGGUCAAGAUCAGGCUCCUAGUGAGUCUCCUGAACUGAAACCACCAUCGGAAGACUACCGACAGCAGACCUUUGAAAAAACGGACUUAAAAGUGCCUGCCAAAGUCAAACUCACAAAGCUGAAGAUGCCUCCUCAAUCAGCUGAGCAGACUUAUUCCAAUGAAGUCCAUUGUGUUGAAGAAAUUCUGAAGGAAAUGACCCAUUCAUGGCCUCCUCCUUUGACAGCAAUACAUACGCCUAGUACAGCUGAGCCUUCCAAAUUUCCUUUCCCCACAAAGGAUUCUCAACACAUCACUUCUGCAACCCAAAACCAAAAGCAGUAUGAGACAUCUUCAAAAACCCACCUUACUUCUCAGCAGGGGACAUCCAUGCUUGAGGACGACCUUCAGCUCAGUGACAGUGAGGACAGUGACAGUGAUGAACAAACCCCAGAGAAGCCGCCUUCUUCAGCUGCACCUCCAAGUGCACCCCAGUCGCUUCCACAACCAGUGGCAUCAGCACAUUCCAGCAGUGCCGAGUCAGAGAGCACCAGUGACUCAGACAGCUCCUCAGACUCGGAGAGUGAGAGCAGUUCAAGUGACAGCGAUGAUAACGAGACCCUAGAAACCCAGGCUCCAGAGCCAGAGCCUCCGACAACCAACAAAUGGCAGCUGGACAACUGGCUAACCAAAGUCAGCCAGCCAGCGGUGCUCCCCGAAGGCCUGGGGAGCUCGCAGCCUGCUCCACGGCGACAGGAAGGCAAGGGCAGCAAUGACAGUGACACCACAGGGCAGGAGCAUGCUGACCCCAAAGAGCCUACCCCCAAGAACUCCAGCAAAUCCCCCCGAAUCCCUCCUGAAGUCCCCCACCCUGGAAAGAGAAGCUGCCAGAAGUCACCUGCUCCCCAGGAACCCCCGCCCCGGCAAACCGUGGGAACCAAACAACCCAAAAAGCCUGCCAAGGUCGCUGCCCAGGCCCCCUCACAGACUGGCCUGCAGGUGGAAAGUGAGCCAGGACUGGCCAAGGGCUCAGGAGACCAGACUUCCAAAGACAAGCCUAAGGUGAAGACGAAAGGAAGGCCUCGUGCUGGGGCAGGGAUGGGCCGAGAGCCGAAGCCCACAGUGCCUGCACCCGGUGAACGGAAAAAACACAAGAGCCCCCCACGGGCCCCCUGCAAGGUGCCCACCAGCCGGGAGCCCACGAAAGAGCCUGUGGAGACCCAGAGCUCCGAACCCUUGGCGCUUGUUCCCCUGGCACAGAGCCAGGGUGCACCCUCCAGUGGUGGCGUCAGGACUAGUGGCUGCCGGCAGGCUGUGCUCGUCCAGGAAGACGGCCGCAGAGACCGACUCCCGGUGCCUGUGAAAGACACCAAGUUGCUCUCGCCACUCAGGGACCCUCCAGCCCCUCAAAGCUUGAUGGUAAAGAUCACCCUUGACCUCCUCACUCGUAUACCCCACCCACCAGGUAAAAGCAGCUGCCAGAAAAAACCCAAGGACAAACAGCUGUCCUCUGGGAGGAAGCAGGAUUCCGAAAAGAGAAGCUCAGACCCCUCCUCCAAGUUGGCCAAAAAGAGGAAGGGUGAAGCAGAAAAAGACUAUGAUAACAAGAGAAUCAGACUGGAGAAAGAAGUCAAAUCCCAGUCCUCUUCAUCCUCAUCCUCCCAGAAAGAAUCUUCUAAAACAAAGUUACCCCGGCCCUCACCCUCUUCAGAAUCUUCAAGAAAGGAGAUGCCUCCCCCUCCACCUGUGUCCUCCUCCACCUCCUCCUCCUCCUCCCAGAAGCCAACGAAGCCUGCACACAAGAGGUCCCGUCAGGAAACAGACGUCUGUGGCCUGGACCCUCCCAAAAGUGCCAGUAGUAGCAAGAGCAACCAUAGAGACUCUUCCGUCCUCAAGCACAGAAAAGUCCCGGGGAAGGGUUGUGGAAGCUCUGCUGAGCACAGAGGAACUUCUGGGGAUGCUGCAAAUCCUUUCCCCGUGCCUUCUUUGCCAAAUGGUAACUCUAAACCAGGGAAACUUCAAGUGAAGCGUAGCAGGCAAGCAGCUGAUUUUCACUUGAAGGAGGCCAAAAAGUUGAAGGACAAAGCAGAGACAAUGACUGACAAGGUUGGCAAGGCUUUUAAGUACUUGGAAGCCGUCUUGUCCUUUAUUGAAGGUGGAAUUGCCAUGGAGUCCGAGAGCCCAGCGUCCAAGUCUGCCUACUCCAUAUACUUGGAGGCAGUCGAUCUUGUUAAGUUCAUAAUGUCAUUAAAAUCCUUUUCAAGUGCCACAUCCCAAGAGAAAAUAUUUGCUGUUUUAUGCCUACGGUGCCAGUCUGUUUUGAAUAUGGCCAUGUUUCGAUGUAAGAAAGAUAUAGCAAUAAAGUAUUCUCGUACUCUUAAUGAACACUUUGGCGUCAGUUCUUCCAAAGUUGCCCAGGCACCUUCUCCAUGCAUCACAAGAAGCACAGGCACACCAUCCCCUCUCUCCCCAAUGCCUUCUCCUGCCACCUGUCUUGGGUCCCAGUCAAGUGCUGGCAGUGUGGGGAGCAGCGGGAUGCCUGCCACCAUCAGUACUCCUGUCACCAUCCAGAACAUGACAUCUUCUUAUGUCAGUAUCACUUCCCAUGUUCUUACGGCCUUUGACCUUUGGGAACAGGCCGAUGCCCUCGCAAGAAGGAAUAAAGACUUUUUUACUCAGCUCAGCACAAAUGUGGGCCCCUUGGCCCUCAACAGCAGUUUGGUGGAUUUGGUGCACUAUACAAGACAGGGGUUUCAGCGGCUCAAACAAAUAACCAAAACACCUUAAUGGAGGCCCAAGUUGUUUCAAUGCCUUGGAACCUUUUUUUGCACAUUGGAAGCCUCAGAUCCAGUCUGGACAUCGGUCUGUUCAGGACUUCGAACUUGAGCACCAUGAGAUGGCCAGGACAUUUGUCCACUUAAAUUCUCAAGACCUGUGUGAUCAUUGGUGGGACACUAUGGUUAUGCAGAAGCAGAGAUGAGAAGGGCAGUCGGCCGCAGAGAUGAUCUUGCCUUUCCUGACUAAAGAACAGAAGUGCAAUGCAGCCGAUCGGGCACACGAAUGGUCUGGAAACAUUUCUGUGUGUGUGUGUGUGUGUUUAAAGAAAAAAAAAACAGCAGGAUGCAAGUUGUAAAUGAAGUGAGAAGAAGCAAUUUCAGCUCUGAAAGAUUCACAUCAUCUCAGUAGUCACACUAGUCCAGUCCCAGAAGAAAAAAAAAUUUUUAGAUAAUGAAUUUUGGUGAAGGGUUUUCUGGAUGAUUUUUAAAAAACAUUUUGUGAGGAAUAUUUGUGUAAUACAUUCUGAUUGCCAUCUGUAAAGCAUAAGGUUGUAAAGGACUCCACUCUAUCCCACUUUCUGCCAACAAAUAGUGGUUUUGAUAAUACCUAGUAUUGUCGUAUGACAUUGAAGGUGGCCUUCCUUGCAUAUUCCCCUGGCUCUGAUUUCUUGUUGACUGUGCCACCUUGAGGGGCACCAUCUUCAGAUCUCCAAGGACCAUGAAGGACAUGGUCCUUUUAUUCCCAGGGUGUGCACAAACAUCUCUUCUCCCUCCCCGACUUCAGUAAAGCCGUCGUCAUUGGCCACAUUCUAAAUUUCCAACCUUGGCAAAGAAGGCAGUCGACAUUUAUAUCUGAUGAGAUGGAUGGAAUGCUGGAAUUUGAGGUGCUGUGUGGUCUACAGUUAACAUGGUAACUCUAAUGUGUCUAACCAACUCAGUGUUUUGGUAGUGAACAAAGAAAAAAAGUCUACUUCUUAGAGAGGCUAUAUUUUUCUGCUAUAAUUUGUUUUAUAUUUAUAGCAAAACUAGACCUUCUAAGCCCCUCAUUGUCUAGGAAAAUUAACUCUCUGAGAGGAUAUGGAGAUUUGGGGGGAUCAAUUGGACUUUUAAAAAGUUGUCACCACAUGCCUUCACUCCAGAAUGUUCUUGGUCAAUAGAUGUGUGUUCAAGAAUUAUGGCCUUCCUGUUAGGUGUUGCCAUACUAUGUUUAUUAGACCAAGGUCAUUCUGAAUGACAUGGAAUGAAAGAACAGAAUUAGAAUUUCCUUGUGCCCAUCAGCAGAUUUUCUUUUUCAUCAAAACUUUGAAGGUUGCUAACUUUGAGUGCAUUUUCUCUGAGAGCCAAUUAUUUUUGUCCCUUCUAGAGAGUAGAAUUUGCACAUGUAUUAAAAAUGAGGAGUGUGUCUUGUCUAAGUCGUUAGUGUCCCCCGGCCCCCUCCCCCCAUUGUGACCCUCUCCAUGUUAUUUUCCACCAAGCAUGUUUCAUACUUUGAUGUUUAUUUAUUAUAAAGAAGGGAGAACAUCUGUAUUUAUGCUGGAGACAUCUGAGGUUCCUAUAAUGAAUGUAAGAGCAUUCUUGAUAGUUUGGUGACGAUAUAAAGAGGACGGGGCACCGUAUGUUUGUCACAGUGUUAAUUGGUUGUGUUGAGCCCUUCAGUCUUCUCCAGCUAAGACCUUGGUAUGUGACCCUGAUGGACUCAUAUCAUUUACUGAUGCUCUCAAAGCAAUACUCUUUUUCAAUGUAUUAGCCUAAAAAACAAAACAAAACAAAAAAAACCCCUCUAGUUCCAGGAACAAUAAUUGCCUGACAGGUGGCGUGCUUACAGCAUUGUGUGUUCAUCUAUGCAUGUAGGGGGCAAGGCACCAGAAUCAGGGCUGUGUGAUUGUUCUAACACCUUCCUUUCCUCUUCCUCUUGGGGCUCUUCCCUCCUCCUUGGCUUUUGCCACUCCUAAAAACAGGUAUCUGCCGGCCGUUAAGAUGGGUUGGUUCCCCAGCCAGGCUCUCAUCUAUGCAGAUCGCGCGCACAAGCCUGUGUUCAAGGCACCACAGUGCUCCCAGACUACAGCUGUUAUCAAGUGGAUCUCUCAACUAGUUCUAAAAGAACAAAUUGUGUUUUCCAUGGCCUUAGUUUUCGUUCUUUCUGAGCUCUGUUUUAAAAUUUCAUUUGUCCCUUUAAAAACUAACAAAUUCACAUAGGUCAGUUUGUACUAUUUUGGUGAUUGGACAUUUCUUACUCUUAUGGUCAUACUCAAUAUACCUGAAAGAGUUUCUAAUGUCUACCUUCCAAACAGUCUGCAAAAGGUCGUGCCUGAUAAAUCCUCAGUGUUUAAAAGUCUUUGUUUGUUUCUGUUACAAUUAUAUAUAGAAACCUUAAGGACUUUUUAAAUCAUUUGCACUUUCCACUUCAGGCUUAAAAUUUCCAAAGGUAAAUUUUAUAUGCCGAGGUAGAUAGUUUGAAAGGAUUAAAAAAUUAGUCCAUGAAAUAGAUGAAAAUCUUGUCACAAUAUUAACAGUGCACACUUCACAAAUACAAAAUAUCUUAAAGAAUGUGAAUAGUGUAAGUCUUGU